CUCGCUACGCAUGCGCACUGAGGGUUGCAGCAGCAGUUACCCUCCUCGGCGCUCAUCAAGUAUAAAGAACGGCACUGCGUACUAAAAGAAAUGGGAGUGGUCAUAAUUAUGUGCGCUAUUCGCACCUUACUUUGCUUGCCGCCAGGAUGGAUCAUGAUUGGCGCCGGACCUCGUCUAGGGCUAGGACAAGGGCAUCGAUUGGUUGAGUAUGUCGAUGCCCUAGCCCUGUAGCUCUAGACGAGGUCCGGCUCCGAUCAUGAUCCAUCCGGGCGACAAGGCAUCCUAGAUGAGGUCC